AUGUCUUUCCACAACGGCAUUGUCUCCUUCGACCUCCACACCUACUUCAAAGACGACGACGCUGAGCAGAUCGCAUUCGCCAAUGCCUUCAAGGAAGCCAUACAGAAGGAGUUCGCAGAUGAGCUCGCAGCGACAAAGUGCCGCCUCUUCAAGACACAUCCUCACCAAAUGGGGCCUCACCCAGACGGCUACGGCAUGUUCGAGUCAGACACGAGGGACCCGGCCACCUUCCUCAAGCUGUUGAACUUCUACCAGCUGAACCAUGGCCCUCUGAGCGUGCUGAUACAUCCGAGAUCCGGUAGGGGAGAUUUGGAAGACCACACGCAGAACGCCCUGUGGCUGGGAGAGAAGAAGCAGCUGAAGCUCCAACUGUUGGAGAAAAGUGUACACUGA